AUAGGGCUUAAUAUCUCCCAUAUAGAUCAUUUAAUGGAUUUUUUUAUGUUUGUUUUAUAUACUAUAUGUACAAUUAAAGACCAUCAAAUUCUGAGGAAACUAAUUAAUUGUUUUCUUCAAAUCAGACUGGUCUUCUGUGAAGAGGACAUACACUGUCCAAUCACCAUGGAUUCCAGACAGCCGAUUCUUCCACCAAACAAACCAACUCUGAUUCAUGAAGGUUCUCCAAAACGAUACCGUCUGUUUACAGUGAAAAAAAUGCUUGAUGACAGUGGAAAAGUCAGAAAAUGGACUUAUGGGAUGAAAGACAGUAGCAAACCAAACAAAAUUGUUUUGCUGGUGGGAGAAACAGGCGCUGGUAAGACAACCCUCAUCAACAGCAUGGUCAACUACUUACUCAAAGUGAAGUUUGAGAAUGAAAUAUGGUUUGAAAUAACUGAAGAAGAAGCCAGAGAUCAAUCAGAAUCACAAACCUCUGAAAUCACCAUGUAUGAGGUCUUUCAUGUAAAAAGUCCCAUAUCUCUCACCAUCAUUGAUACUCCAGGCUACGGAGACACUAGAGGACUGGACAAAGAUCUGGAAGUUGCUGAAAAUUUAGCAACUCUGUUUCAAAGCAAUGAUGGAGUUCGUGAAGUCGAUGCUGUGUGUUUUGUGAUCCAAGCAUCUAAAAAUCGUCUCUCAGACAGACAGCAUUACAUUUUCAGUUCAGUUCUUUCUUUGUUUGGUAAAGACAUUGUGAACAACAUUGUGUUCCUAAUCACACACUCUGAUUGUCUACCACCCAAAAACGUCAUUGGUGCCAUUAAUAAAGCUAGAAUUCCCUGCAGACGAGACAAAAGUGGCCAACCUGUUCAUUUCUUAUUCAACAACCGGCAGGCUGAUGCACGUCAAAAUGAGAGACGUUAUGUUCGUGCUCAAAGAGACGCCUGGGAAGACAGUGUGGAAGACAUGAAGAAUUUUUUUCAGUCUCUGCAUGAAAAGAACAGAAGAAGUUUAGCGUUGACUUCAGAUGUACUGACGCAGCGAAUUCAGUUUGAAGCAUCUAUCUGCAACUUACAGCUGCGAAUUCAAGAGAUGGAGCUGAAAAAGGCUGAAAAACUUCAGAUUCAGGAGGCAAUGGUGCAAAACAAGGAAAAGAUUGAUGAGUGUACAAACUUUACAAUUAACUUCAAAAAGACUGUGAAACUUAAGGUGCCCAUCGAGAGCGCAUCAUGGAAGAACAGGAAGGCGACAACCUGCACCGUCUGUGAAGAAAACUGUCAUGAGUUUGACUGCUGGUGGGCUUCUGAUCCCAGCAAAUGUGAAGUCAUGAAAAAAGGCUACUGCACCGUGUGCACAGGGAAGUGUCAUCACAGCAAACACGUCAAAGAAGACAAGAAAUACAUCAUCAAAAACUCCACCAUAAAGAUAGAAUUUGACAGAUGGAUAAAAGAUUAUGAAAAAGCUGAAGAAGAGUCCAGAAAGUUUUCAGUUAUAAUGGAUAGACUUGACCGAGAUCUGCAGGAUAUUGAGGACCAAAAGUCAAUUCUUCUGUUCAAUGCUUACAGGACCAUCAAGAAUCUGUCUGAGAUCGCAUUGAAACCAGACUCUGCCUUCACUCUUCAGCAUCUGGACUUCUUCAUCCCCAGAGUGAGGGAGGCUGGGAAAGAAGACUGGGUGAGAGAGUUGGAGGAAAUGAGGAGAAAAGCUGUAGAAGAGGAAGCAAAUAAAGACACUUUGAGUUAUCUUCAGGCAGGUCUGGCAAAACUAGAUAUUUUUUUUAGCGAUAAAUGAAAAAACGUCAGAGAGGACAACUAAAUAAUCAAUGACAAUGAAGAAAACUUUAAAUAAAAAAAUAAAUGCAGGAGACUCUCUGUUGAUCUGAAGAUAAUAAUGUUCAUUUGACCAUACUAUCAAGUUAAUUUUUUGUGUUUAUAACUAGGCAAGCUUUAUACAAUUUUAGUCUCCUCUUAGCUCAUGUACUUUACUUAUAAAAUUACAAUUAUUAUCAUGGAAAAUGACUCAACCACAAACAGAGAUUUAUUUACUCAU